AUGUCGUCCUUCGACCUGUGCUCGUUCAAAGGUAUUUUCUUCGACAUCUACGCCACGCUGAUCGACUGGGAAUCCGGCAUCUACCCUCAACUUCUCAAGCUCAGCCAACAGCUGCCUGCCGGUGAUGCGCGACGCGAAGAUACCCCUGAAACCCGGAAGAAGCUGCUCCGCAUGUACGCGACAAACGAGAAGAUCGUAGAGCACGACAAUCCGACGCUCGCGUACCCUAAGAUUCUGGAAUCAGUGUACGACAGGAUCGCAGCCGAGCUUGGCGUUCCUGACACGGACGACGCUGACCGCGUGGCGUUCGGGAAAAGUAUAGGAGAGUGGCCCGCGUUCCCCGACACGGUCGAGGCGAUGAAAGUGCUCGCGAAGCACUACAAGCUGUUCGUGCUGAGUAAUGUCGACAACGAGUCUUUUGCACGGACGCUCUCCGGCCCACUGAACGGCGUGCACUGGGACGGCAUCUACACCGCCGAGCAGAUUGGUUCGUACAAGCCGAACCCCCGGAACUACGAGUACGUCGUCGACAAGCUCAAGACGGACUUUGGUAUCUCCAAGGACGAGACGUUGAUGGUCGCGCAGAGUCUGGAUAUCGACCAUAUCUCGGCGAAGGCGCUUGGGUUUAGACCCGCUGUGUGGAUUGCGAGGUAUGCUGGCGACGCGGCCAUGGGUGGAAACAAGGAGGACCUCGAAGCGAAAGGUUUGAUCGAGCUUGGGGCGUCGUAUUCGACUUUGGGCGAGAUGGCCGAGGCGGUGGAGAAGGCAUUUGCUUGA